ACUUAUGAAUUUGUGAAAAGAACCGUUGGAUAAGAGUGGUUGUUUUGACAGGUAGCAGCUGAGCAAGGUCCUGUGAUACUCUCGUCUCUCUCUCAGUCGUUGGAUAUAAUGAAAGAGUUCAUGGUCACCCAGGAUACUGUUACCAUGCCUAAGGUGAAGAAUAUGAAAGCUAAGAAGAAUAGAAUUAAAAAGGCUAAAAAGAAAAAGCUUAAAAAGGGAAUUGAGAAUCAGGAAUCAGAGAGUGAGGGCGACAACUUAGAUUUGUGUGUGAAACUUUACCCACUGUCACACCAUGUGUCUGACCAAGAUGAACUUGUCAAUCAGAUGUUUGCAACUAUAAGAGGAUCCAAACUAGAGGCAAUGCUUCCACCAGUACUUAGGGGCAUUCCUGUCAAGGAGUUGAAGAAACUUUGCCUUCAUGAACUGCGCGGUAUGAGUAAGAAGCGUAUUCUUUGUUGUAUUAAUGGUCAAAUGAUGGAAGGUUCAUCUGGUAGUGAUGAGGAUGAAGAAGAGGACAAAGAGGAGCAGGACAAAGCUGCCAGGGAAGAAGUAAAAUCCCAAGAGAAUAACACUAAGGGAGACAAGAGGAAGUCCAUCAGUGAACAUAUACCUGAAGGAUUUCUACAAAAGAAAAUAAAAGUGGAACCAGGACUAGAAGACACAAGUGGUCAAGGUCAUGAUACUGGCAAGAGUGUCUUGGAACUUCUGGAGUUAGAGAUGAGAGCACGAAUCAUAAAGACAAUGCUGGAGAAGGGUGAUGAGGGGAAGAAAAUUGCCGAGGAUGCAAUAGCAGCAGUUAUGCAGAGUGCAAAACAGAUAACAAAAGAUGAUAAUCAGAUGAGUCGUGAGAAGGAGACAAAAGCAGUAGAGGCUGAAUCAAAGGUUGCUGUGGUGCCUCAGCAACAAAAGAUCACAGGGGAGGCGAUAAGUAAUGAAGAGAGGAGAGGUGACAGGCCCAAUGGGAGCAAAGAUGGAAGGACUAGUCACAGGAGACAUACCGGUAGAUCAAGAGAUGAUGGUAGUAGAAAGAGCAGCAGAAGAAAAGUACGAGACAGAAGAGAGAGAAGCAACAGUGUUGUUAGUGAUUAUGGUGAACACAAGAAGAAACCAAAGGGAGGUGCUAAUUAUGAUAGACACAUACAAAAGAAAAAGAAAAUUACACGGAAAGAAUUUGAGGAACGGAUGAAACGUGCCAAGAAAAAUAGGACCUACCGUCAGCGCAAGACUUCUGAAGAUGAAGAAAAAGCAAAAGAGAACAAACAGGAACAUUGGAAAGAGCCAAAUAUUGGUGAGGGUGAGGCUAUGAAAGAAAAUUCUGCAGAUGGAGGAAAGGAUGUUCAGAACAAACCUGCUGAGGAACCCAGUGGAGAGGUUUCAGAGAAGGAGGAAGGUGAGCUUGAUAGUAAUGAGGAAGAGGAGGGAGCCUGUACUCCAAGUGAUAUUUCAAGUGCAAGUAACUAUUAUUCUUCCUCUCCAAGUAGCAGGAAAAGAAGUUACAGCAGCAGAAGCAGGUCUAAGAGCUUUAGCAAGAGCCGCUCAAGAAGUCCAGGAAGGAGGAAGAGGAGGAGUAGUUACACACGAAGUCGAACAAGGUCUAGGAGCUUGGAAUGGAAAAACAAAAAUGAAGGGAAGCAAAAUUAUGAAAGAAUAAAUAAGGAGCCAGUUAGAAAUGAUAACAUUAGCAAGAAAGUUAUUUCAAAAGCAUCAUUAGUAAAUCCAAAAGAAAACAAAGAGGAAGAAGAAAACUGGGGACAGAAGUGUGAUAUUGAAUUUGUUGAUUCUGAAGAAGACUUUGAUGAUAAUCCUGACAUUACCAAGGAACCAGCAAGUCAGACACGCAUGCCAGCAAACACAGGUCAUAUAAUAGAACGAGCUAGCAUUAGCUUCUCUCUACAGAAGAAGUCGGCACCGAACAUAACUCCGAGUAUAGAUCUGGAUGACUUACCAUUGAAACAGAAUAGAAAAAAUAAUGUCAGUAAUAAUUUUACAUCAGAUAGCUGUAUUUCAUUGACAGAAACAUGCAAAUCUCCUAAUAAAGCAAUGGAAGAAAUUGUUAUUAGCUCAGACAGUGAGUCAGAAAAGCAGAAGAAUGUGUCAUUGGUAACAUCAAGGAGAAAGAAAAAAGUGACUCCUAAUUCUAAGCAAGCAAUUCUAGAACAAAGUAAUUUACUGCUCAGUAAGGAAGAAGCCACAAAAUCUGUGGCAGAAGUUGUCAAGAAACCAGCAGAAAGGAAACAGGAGACAGGUGAACCAUAUCCUGAAUGCCUUACAACAGAAAGACAAAUCCAGAGUAUGGAUAAUAAUGAUCCUUUGACAGAGCUGAAUAAUGAUAGUGCUGUAGAACAAAGAGAAAUAAAGAAACAAAAAGUGGAACAAAGACCAGAUGAAAUUGAAACAGACAUAAAAAAUAAGUGCAAAGAUGAUAGCACUUCUCAUCACACAGCAGUACAACAGCUUGGAAUGCACAGUGUUGAUGAGGUUCAUGUAAAGACCAGGCUGGAAGACAAAUCUGCUCUGAAUUUACUGGAAAAAAAUAAUGGUAAUGAUACUGAGACACCAGAAAAUGUGGCCAGCCAAUUAUCAGGACCUAAUAAUGUGGAUUCCUCUAAAAAAAAUAUAUCUUCAAAUGAUCAUAAUGUUAUCAGUAAUAAUGAUCAGAAAAUGAGAAAAUGUGACAAUAUACUUGCAAACCAAGUACAUAUGGUGAGCAUUCAGAGUUGCUUAUCAGAUCCACCAAUUGAGUUAUCACAUAGUAUUUCAAAAUUAAUCAGUAAGGGGAACCAUGACUCCGUCAAUAAAAAGAGCAUAUCAGAGAAUAAGAAUUUAAUUGGUACUCAGGACAUGGCUUCAGGAACAUUUGAAAGAACUAAAGAACUGAGUAAUGAGUCUUGCAAAGAAAAUGCAGUAGUAGAAGAGAAUAAAGACAGUCAAGAUGCUCACAAGAAACCUAAAAUCAAUAAAGGUGAUCUUUGGGAAUCCAGAGAUCAGAAAGAUCAUGAAGAAUCCAAAACUAGUGAAGAUGAUCAUGAAGAAUCUUCUAAGCAAGAAGUUCAACCAGAAACAAAAGAAAGUAGUAUGAGAACUUUAGUAAUGGAAAGGGAUUUAACUAAAGCUGAUAGUCAUGCCAAGAUACAUGAGGAAAAAAUGGUGGAGCAAUCAUUAGAGACUGACUGUCCAGCUGAAAAGUGCAUAGAAAGAACAGAGGUGGUAAAGGAGAUGGAUAAUGGUAAUAGGGAUACACCAGAGGAAUGUUUACAGAAAGAGAAUAAUAACUUUUCAAUCAUUGAGGAAGAGGUUGGUGAAAAGGAGAAAACAAGUACAAACACUAAAGUCAAAGAAGUUGAUAGCAAAAUUGGAGAACAGACAGAACAAGAGUUUUAUAGAGGGGCAGAGCAGCUAACAGUUAAUAUAGAUGAAAAAGAUGAUGAUCCCAGUGUUGAGGAAUUCACGGGAGAUUACAGUCCUGUUGAACCGAUUAGGAUAGACACUGGGCUCAUUCGCAAGUCAGUUGUGCGUCAACAAAGGGUGAAUUUGGUGAUGCCAGAUAAAUCUUGGACUAAAAGAGAGAGAAAGAAGAAAGAAAAGUCCAGAGAUACCCUUGUUAUGGAGGGCAUUGGAUUCUUAAAAAAUACUCUGUCUGAGAGUUCACAAAGAGAAAAUGAGGGAGUAACACCGAAGACAAAUAAGUCAGAUGAAAAAAUUGAAUUGGAGGAAACAUUGAGCAGUAGUGUUGCAUCUGCAAGUGAGACAGAUAAUUCAAUACUGGCUGAUGAUAAUACACCCACUAAUUCCACCAUACACAGUCCUAAGAUAGCUCGGGAACAAGAAACUACUGCUCCUUCCCCCGAGGCUGUAAGUUAUGAAGAUUAUGAACCCAAAUCAUAUGAGAAAAGUCAGAAGAGAAUUGUUCAAGAAACUGAAAUUAUUGGAGUUAUAGAAACCAGUAAGGAUUCAAGUUCAGACAAUUUUGACGAUAGUGACUUAGGGGGAUCAAGCUGGAGUAUGAGGUGGCUGCAGAGUGAAAAGGUUCAGAAGGUUGUUACAAGCAGUAAAAUGUUGAGUCGUGUACGAAAGCAGAUCCAGAAGAAAGACAAAGCUACCAAAGUUGUGACAGCAGAGAAGACUGAAGAGCCUCAGAAGAAGACAACAGAACCUCUGGUUCCAGUCAUUGGCAGUAUUGAGGAGUAUGAGCGUUUGUUUGGGAUGAAUGUCAAGAAGGAUCAAGCCAAAGCAUCAGACUCAUCUGGUACAUCUCCUCCGGGAAUGACAGGGCCAGGAGAACAACCUGACCAACCGUCUUUUGCACAAGAAAGUACUCAGGGGCCAAGCACAUCUGCCCCAUCUUUUGGAUCAGAUGAUGAAGGUGAAGACAGUGAGGAGGAAGCUCUUUGGACAAAGAUCUUAGGGAAAUGAUGGACAAAACUUUAUAUUGACACAUCAAAAAUAUUCUCUUCAGAAAUCACAGAUCAACGUACUGUACGUUAUAAUUCUUAGAUAUUUUUAAUUUAUGAACUUGAGAAACCAAAAAGUAUAACCAUUUGAAUUUAUGAAUACCAUAGUAAUAAUACAGAAUAAUGUAAAUAUUUUGUUGAUUAAAGGCUUCGGAGAA